AUGACCGUAGAAGCUGACAAACCUGCUGGUUUUUUCUUCAAACCGAGCGACUAUGGAAAUGGUUUCAAGCUCUCCUCAAGGUGCCAUCAACACGAUUUUCUGAAGACGAUUGAAAAGUUUGAGGCCUCAGAGAAGAGUUGGUUUCAGGAUCAUCCUCAGUUCAAGCAUAUAUUCCACAUGGAUUGUACCCCAACAAGAAAAGUGAUGGGAUUGUGGAUGUUGCUACUUCGUACUAUGCAUACAGGAAAGGAUCGACAAGCUUGGUUUGGGGUAAACGGUGUUCCAAUUAGAUACUCCAUCAGGGAACAUAACCUCCUCUCUGGUUUAUACUGCCACUCAUAUCCAGAAAACUAUCCGAGCAUAGGGAGCAUGAAGUUUGCGAGAAAGCAUUUUAAGGUGAAGAAGACAAAAGAUGGGAAGGAAAAGGGUCUGCAAGUGACAGAAGCGGAUGUCUUAGAGAAAGUUCAGAAGAUGAAGUUUGAUGGUAGUGGCGAUCAUCUGAGGAUGGCGGUUCUUUACUUUCGGGCUAGAGUUUUAAGAGGAAGGUCAAAAGGAGGAUACUUCAUUGAGUAUUUCAUUCUCCAAGCAGCAGAAGAUCUGGAGUUUUGCACCGAAUUUCCAUGGGGCCGUUACACAUUUGAUGAUUGCAUGAAGGAGAUUUUUCAUGUGAGGGAUCAGUUUCGUGAUGGGAUCCCAGAGAAGGCACAAUGGGUAUUUCCUGGGUUUAUCAACCCUUUGGAGAUAGUAGCAUUUGAAUGUAUCCCUGUCCUUAGAGAAAGAUUCAGAGAGCCUGUUCCAAUCUGUCUUGAUGGUUGUCCAAGAAUGUGCAAAUGGAAGUUCAAGAAGACCGGAACAACAUGAUUUCCACUUGACAUGAUUUAUCGGACGCUAGGAAACACAAAGGAGAUUAUCAAUAUUUUGGAACCACAAGGAUAUGAAGCAGACCUUUUGUAUGAAAUAAUGGAUGAAGGGACUUA